UCGCCAUUCACCCUUUGUAUGAAUUGCAGUGCUGAAGAAAUAGAUGCACUCUUUUGGUCAAAAGAGAAAGGCGACGAAAGCGUUUCAUUGUCGACUCUCAAGUCGUAUCUGCAGAACCUAAAAACGUUGAAACCGCAGCUGAACACGCAACUGACCGAUUUGAAGUACGUACAAGGUAAACUGGAAAUAGACUUGUACAAGCUAAACAAACUGUCCGCAGAGCUAAAGGACGUGCAAGAGAUGAACAAUGCGUACGAGACAGAAAUAAACAACAAAGAGAAAUUGCGAGAUGCGCUGAGCGAUCUUGUGAGGAUGUUGGAAAUUGAUGAGAAGUACUUCAGCUAUUUUGAGAGCGAUAAUUACGAUGAUGCCAUGGUGAUGAGCAGAAUUGAGGAAUCGUUGUACAGGUUCGAUUGUGUUUUGGGCAAUGAAAGCAGUGAGCACAGGGAGUACAUCUAUAGUUUGAAAGACUUCGAUUUGAAGGUGGUGAGAGAUUUCACGAAGAGGAUAUUGGAUGUAAGAAGGACCUUUUACAAGAAAUUUGAGCAUUUUUUUACCAAAAAGCUGAACUCGUACAAAAGCAAGAGCAAGGGAGAAUUGAAAAUACAUAAGGAGAUUUACGAUGAAGUCAUAAAAUAUAAGAGCUUUAUGACACAGGAAUACGUAGAAAUAUACAUCAAGUGCAUGAAAAAGCUGUACAGCCACGAGUUUCGUUAUCAUUUGGAAAGUGUGUUCGAUAUCUUGAAGAGAAAGAAGAAUGUUACUCUCAGCGUCAAUCUAAAUGUGAUAUUUCAGUCAUUACUGCUUAUAAGGGAGUGUGAGUACGAUUUUGUACGGAAGAUAAGUAGAAAAAGUAUCGAUCAAUCGUCCAAAAAGGACGCAAAGCAGAGCGGCGUGGAAGAGACUAAUUCUGUGUAUUUUGCUGCCCAUUUCAAGAAUAUGGACAUGUUCGACGAUGUGGUUAUCAUGAUUCAAACAUUUUUGAAUGAUUUGUACGAGUUGGAUCGUUUCCAGACAAUAAUAGCGCUCGGCGAUUCAAUCCAACACUACCGCGAGAAAACCAAGGAAGAACUAAGGAACGCAUUUUACGAUCAUUUUCUUGAGAACAUGCUGAGCAACUACAAGAAUCUCAGGAAAGAUUUCGUAAGACUGGCCGUGAGCAAAUACAAAGGAGAAAACAAGAGAAAAACGAUUCAAUUCUUCAAUAAGGUAAUUCUAUGCACCAAAGACGACGAACUGAGGGAAAAAAUGGUGCAUUACCACACAAAACUUGUCAUGAAGCUGACAAAAGAUCACAAAACAGAUUUUCAACACGUGCUGAGGAAGUUCGAGUGUGUGUAUCCUAUAAAGAAGUGCACUGACUACUAUUUCUUGCUAGUAGAGGAGAUGAAGAAAACCAUUAUUGAUGAGAUGUUUGCUGUUGAGUUGGAUUACGUAAGGAUAAAAAAGAAUAUUCGCUAUAUUACAGACAUAGAUGAUGAAGACAUGAGAGGCGCUGCCCUGAAGAUUUUCAAGGAUGUGGUAAAAGAUAAUACGAACGAGAAGGAGUACAAGAGAAUAGAAUCGUAUUUUUGAGGUGAAUAAAAAUAUUGUACCAGACAAACUGCUUCAAAGUGUUACUUAAGGACAAAUAAUACCCGCUCUACCACGAAUAUGUUAUUGCUGUGUUUGAGCGCUGGUAUUCUGAUCUUAAGGGCCAAAAUGUACGUAUUCGGUGUUUAGCGCCAGAAAUUACUUUUUUGAGGUAAUCGCCCAAUAAAUUACAUAGUAGCACACGAUGCGGUGUUCGUUUGCGAUAUAUAGUUGUGAGUUUAG